AACAAAAAAAAAAAACGAAAAGAAAAAGGAAAAUCAACCACAGGCUUCGUCUUCUCUUCAAACUCUCCUCCUCAUCAUAUCUCUCUCUCUCUUUUCAAGAAAGAUCCAAAUUCCAGUUUUCAAGUAAGUAUGUCUGGAAACUCUUCGGGACCGUUAGAGAGUUCGGGCGGUGGCGCGGGCGGUUCGGGUGAGGAGGAAAAAGAUAUGAAGAUGAUGAUGGAAGAAACCGGCGAAGUAGCCGGCGGCGGCGGAGGAAACCGGUGGCCAAGACCGGAGACUUUAGCUCUUUUGAGAAUACGUUCGGAGAUGGGUAAAGCUUUUCGUGACUCUACUCUUAAAGCUCCCUUAUGGGAAGAAAUCUCCAGGAAAAUGAUGGAGCUUGGUUACAAGAGAAGUGCAAAGAAAUGCAAGGAGAAGUUCGAGAACGUUUACAAGUACCAUAAACGUACCAAAGAAGGUCGUACCGGUAAAUCCGAAGGCAAAACUUACCGGUUUUUCGAAGAGUUAGAAGCUUUCGAGACUCUCAAUUCCUAUCACCAUCCUGAGUCGCAACCUGCGAAAUCUUCUGCAACCCUCACGACCGCUUCUUUGAUACCAUGGAUCAGCUCUAAUAACAAUCCAUCAACCGAAAAAAGUUCUUUACCGUUGAAACAUCAUCAUCAUCAGGUCAGUGUACAACCCAUCACCACAAAUCCUACCUUCCUCACCAAGCAACCUUCUUCUACGACGCCUUUCCCUUUUUAUAGCAACAACAAUACUACUACUCUUAGUCAGCCGCCACUUUCCAGUGACUUGAUGAACAAUGUUUCAUCACUGCAUCUUUUCUCGAGCUCGACUUCUUCAUCUACUGCAUCUGACGAGGAAGAGGAUCAUCAUGAUCAGGGAAAGAGAUCGAGAAAGAGGAGGAGGUACUGGAAAGGAUUGUUUACGAAGCUGACAAAAGAGUUGAUGGAUAAACAAGAGAAGAUGCAAAGAAGGUUCUUGGAAACAUUGGAGAAUAGGGAGAAAGAGAGAAUCUCAAGAGAAGAAGCUUGGAGGGUCCAAGAGAUAGCGAGAAUCAACAGAGAACACGAAACAUUUCUCCAUGAGAGGUCCAAUGCUGCAGCUAAAGACGCUGCAAUCAUAUCCUUCUUACACAAAAUCUCCGGAGGACAACAGCAACAACCGCAACAACAGAAUCAUAAACCAUCACAAAGGAAACAAUAUCAAAGCGACCAUUCAAUAACGUUUGAGAGUAAAGAGCCUAAGACGAUUCUGUUGGAAACAACAACGAAGAUAGGGAAUUACGAUACCAGCCAUUCUAUAUCUCCUAGUUCUUCAAGAUGGCCUAAAACCGAGGUUGAGGCCUUGAUAAGGAUAAGGAAGAAUCUUGAAGCUAACUAUCAAGAAAACGGUACUAAAGGGCCAUUAUGGGAAGAGAUAUCUGCAGGGAUGAGAAGAUUGGGAUACAAUAGAAAUGCAAAGCGAUGCAAAGAGAAGUGGGAAAACAUAAACAAGUACUUCAAGAAAGUCAAAGAAAGCAACAAGAAACGACCCCUUGAUUCCAAGACAUGCCCAUAUUUUCACCAACUCGAAGCUUUAUACAACGAGAGGAACAAAAAUGGGGCAAUGCCACUGCCUUUGCCAUUGCCUCUAAUGGUAACUCCAGAGAGACAGUUGCUUGUCUCACAAGAAACCCAGACUGAGCUUGAGACUGAUCAGAGGGACAAAGUUGGUGAUAAAGAAGAUGAAGAAGAAGGAGAGAGUGAAGAAGAUGAAUACGAUGAGGAAGAAGAGGGUGAAGGUGACAAUGAGACAAGUGAGUUCGAGAUUGUGUUGAACAAAACAUCUUCUUCACCUAUGGACAUUAACAAUAAUCUUUUCACCUAAGUGGUUUUAUAUUCUUUAUAUAUAUAUACACUUCUGUGUUAAAAAAAAACUACACAUUGGGGAUUGGGGUUGAAGAAAAAAAACAUAUACAACAAAUGUAAGUAAAUUGCUUGAUUGUUUAGUUAUUAGUAUUCCAUUUCGUGAUAUAUAAUAAAGUAAAUUAUUUUAUAGAAA